AUGAAGGAGUAUGAAAAUUUGGAAAUUCUGAAGAAAAAAUUCAGCCCCCUGCUUUUUAUUUUCCGAAAGGAUGAGGAAAACGAAUUGAAGAAGUACACAAAGAAAUGCACCCUGGUGAAUGCAAUCAAACAUUACAAGGGACAGACCCCCAAGGAAUAUGGCACCUCGGUGGAAAGUAGGUCCAAUCUGCACACGAAGAAUAAAAUAAUGAGUUACUUUGAAAGGCCUCUUGGUGUUUUCACCAAAUUUUAUGAUAAUCCUAUUGUAUUGGAAAGGGGCCAAUUUUUCAGAACAAAUAAUAUGAACCGGAAUGGGGGACUCACCUACAGGCAUAACAAUAACAGCGUGUUGAAUAGGACCCUCCUGAAUUCGAAAUACUUCCCCAACAUUUUAAAUAACAACAUCGUUCGCAUGGCAAAUGAUGAGGAAUCUGAUUUUGGGGACUUGGAGGAGGAGUACGUGGUGGUGAAGAAGGUGUACACCUACGUGCGCGAGUUCGACAGCAUGUACAUGUACAUCUUCUAG